AUGGACGGACUCUUGAAGAUGGGCAAGCAAGCUUACGAGCAGUACCAGCAGUCCCAGGGACAGGGAGGUAACCCGGGUGGACAGAGCCAGGGCUACGGUCAGCAAGGAGGUCAGGACAGCUACGGUCAAUCAGACGAUAGCUACGGCCAGCAGCAGCAGCAGCAGCAAGGUGGCUAUGGUCAGCAGAGCUAUGACGGCAACAGCGGCAACUUCACUGGCUCGAACAACCAACAGGGCGACUUCAACGUCGGCGGUGGAGCUCAUCUCAACAGACCGCACCACCAGGGAGGAGCAAACAGCUACGGCGGCGGCAAUAACGAUGACGGACCCGAUCUCCAGCAGGCGGUCUCGCAUGCUCAGAACAGCUACUCGGGCAACGAUGACGACAACCAGAUGUUCUCUCAGGCUGCGCAGCACAUUCAGCAGUACGGCCAGAACACCGACGAUCUCGAUGAGGAUCAGGCGAUGCAGAACCACCAGCAAGUCUACAACCAAGGCAAUGCCUCUGGCCAGUCUGCCAAUGCCAUGGGCUCCGCUGCGGCCAUGCAAGCCAUCAAGCAGUUCACUUCAGGCGGUGGCUCGUCAAGCCAGAGCGGCGGUGGCUCAUUCCAGUCCAAUUUGAUUGGUCAAGCGAUGAGCGAGGCGGCGCGUCUCUUCGAUCAGAAUGGCGGCGGCUCGGGCGGCAACAAGCAAGAUGCCAUCAACUCUGCAGGCAGCACGGUCAUGAAGAUGCUCCUCAAGAACCAAGUCAGCGGUAUGAUGGGCGGCGGCGGCGGUAGCUCGGCCGGUCUCAUGUCUCUCGCUUCAAAGUGA